CACCUCCCUUGUUCUCCCCUCCUUUCCACAUUUCUCUCGUCCGCUGCCCUCCCCCUAGGGCUCUGGCCGGUCCCCAGCGGAGCUGAGUACCCGUCGGGCUUCCGCGGCUGUCUGCCCGGCGUUAGCCAGCUUCUGCGGCGCGGAGAGGAGGGCGGCGCCGGUCUGCACGGCCCGCUGGUGCACGAGCGCGGGGGCGGCAGUACCAUGGACAGCGCCAGUCCCGGCCCCGAGGCGCCCGCGCGGUGCGGCCCCUGCGCGCCCCCAAUUUGGGCCCCUGCUCCGGCCGCCGGCGGAUCGCGGUCCCCGCCACCCCGGCGCCUCCUCUCUGGCGGUUUCCCCGGCGCCUCCACCAGCAUCCCGGCCCCGCAGUCGACUUCUCGCCGCUUCGCGGAGAGCCCGGAGACGGGGCUGCGCUUGUGGCGACCCUGGUGAGGCUCAGAUGCGGCCUCGGACUCAAGGGGACCCUCGUCU